AUGGCUCAGUUCGUUGAAGAGAAGGCCAGUGGUGACACAGCGGAGCAGCUUCUUCAAGAUCUUUCAAACAGCAGGACUCUUCCAUUAUGGACACAAAUGACCCGGCUCAACCCGCCUCUACCCAAUCCGACGGCAGUUCCCUUCGUCUGGGAGUACGAACGCAUUCGCCCCAGCCUGCUGCGAGCCGGUAAUCUCAUUUCCGAGAAGCAAGCUGAGAGACGAGUGUUAAUGCUGAUCAAUCCAACUCGUGAGGCCCCCUACACUACCGACACCCUCUACGCGGGCCUGCAGCUUGUCAUGCCCAAUGAGACUGCCCCUGCUCACCGGCACACUGCCUUCGCCAUGCGCUACAUUAUUGAGGGCAAUGGGGGGUUCACUGCCGUGCACGGCAAGAGAAUCCAAAUUCAGAAGGGAGAUGUGAUCCUCACACCAACCUGGAACUGGCACGAUCACGGGAAGGAUGGCUGUGGACCUAUGAUCUGGCUGGAUGGUUUAGAUUUGCCCAACUUCCGCCACUUCCCCGUUCAUUUUGUCGAGCACUUUGAGCAGCCUAGAUAUCCUGCGGAGAAUGUCGAUACCAGUGCCUCGCCCAUUGUGUUCCCUUGGGCUCGCAUGAAGGCCCAGUUAGAUCAGGGCGAGGGUAACUGGACUACGCAGCGAUACCUAAAGAAAGACGGACGUGAAGUGAGCCGUAUUCUUGGUGGCUGCGCCGAGAGGCUCAAUGCUUCGACCUCGUCCCCCGCCCGUCGCGAGACGACUUCCGCUAUCUACCACGUUAUCGCAGGAAGUGGCACUUCCCAGGUUGGAAAUGAGACUCUCACCUGGAAGACUGGCGAUACUUUCUGUAUUCCGUCGUGGUACAAAUACCAGCAUUCCGCCAACGAGGGAGAAACGGUAUAUCUUUACCGCUUCGAUGAUAAGCCAAUGCUUACAGCCCUUGGAUUCUAUCGCACAGAAGAGAUGGAUGUCGAGAGCCUGGUUUCUGAUUAG